AUGGCAAAGACAGAAGGUCAAGGCAUCACUCCACCCAGAUUCUCCAUCACCUUCCUCCUCCUGCAGCUUGCAUUCUACAGCCUCACUGUCAAUGGGAAAGCCGAUUUCUCUGUCUCUGGACCUGGCCAGCCGGUCCUGGCUGUGGUGGGGGAAAGUGUGGAGCUGCAAUGCAGUCUGUUGCCCAAUAUCAGCGCAGAGCACAUGGAAGUGCGCUGGUACAGGGAGCAGCAGUCCCCAGCCGUGCACCUGCUCAAGGAAGGCAGGGAGGUGCCCCAAGAGCAGAUGACACAGUACCGGAACAGGACGGCCUUCCUGACCGCUGGGCUGGCCCAGGGCCACGCCUCGCUGACCAUCCACAACGUCACCGUGUUCGAUAACGGGACCUUCCACUGCAUGUUCAAGGAUGGCACGGUGUCUGCGAACACUACGCUGUGGCUGACGGUGGCAGGGCUGGGCUCUGAGCCCAGCAUCCAGGUGCACACUGGCCAGGGUGAAGCUAUUGAGGCACAGUGCACCUCGCAGGGCUGGUACCCAGAGCCCCAGCUGGAGUGGAGAGACUUCAGGGGACAGGCCCUACCCUCCAGGACGAAUCACAGUGUCUCCCCAGCAACGGGCCUCUUUGUGGUGGUGUCCAACGUGACUGUCCAGGACAGGGCCGUGCGGGGCCUCUCUUGCUCCAUCUCCAGCCCCCUCAUCCAGGAGACGAGGGAGGCCAGGAGGCAUCUGCCUGUCACUGGCUUCGCUCAGUUGUCCAGAAGUUCCCCGUCAAUGGCAUGGAGGACAGUGCUGCCCGUGAUCCUCACUGUAUCAGUGAGCCCAUCCUUGGACCCAGACACCGCAAGCCCCAAGCUCACUCUUUCUGAGGAUGGAAAGACUGUGAGGCGGCUGUUCUUUGAACAGGAACUGCUGGACACCCCUGGCAGAUUCGACCUGGACCCCUGUGUGCUGGGCCGGGAGCAGUUUUUGGCCGGGAGGUAUUACUGGGAGGUCCAGGUGGGACGCAGGAAGGCCUGGAACCUGGGUGUGUGUCUGGAGAGCUUGGAUCGGAAGGGAAGGAUCCCCAAGGCCCCCCAGCAUGGGCUCUGGGCCCUGGAGCUGUACAGGAAGGCGUUCUGGGCUCUUGCCUUCCCGAGGGUUCGCCUGCACCCAUCGGAGCCCCUGCAGCGGGUGGGCAUUUUCCUGGACUGUGAUGCGGGCAGAAUCUCCUUCUACAGCGCGGGCAACAGAUCCCUCAUCUACGCGUUCUCUGGACUCUCCUUCUCAGCACCCCUGAGGCCAUUCUUCUGCCUCUGGACACAUGACCCCAGCCCCCUGACCAUCUGCUCAGAACGUCAGCCCCCAAAGGCCUUGGGGUCUCCUCAGGGUGAGAGACAGAACCGAGCAGGGACCCUCCUCCAGCAAGAUCCAUGAUCUCUGCUCCAGCCAGUCACAGAUUUGGGGGAGACAUACCCAUUCUAAACCCAAGCUAGACCACAUACAAGGGUGCACCUUUCUGAAUGAUCCUGUGUUACCUUCAUUUUCCCUCCCUAUUGAAUUCUGGCAGUGUAUUGUGGGCUGAAUCAUGUCCC